UGUGCAGAAAAGGCAAGCCUCCACAGCCAUUCACACACUUCCCUCCUCAGCGAUGGGUACGCAGACAGCCGAGCUCCUGGACUAGUCUCUGAAUGUACAUCUGCCACUUCCCCUGACUGAGCUGCCGAGGCUCCCAGUGACCUCUUGGUAAUCAGCCUUGGCGGGGCCCAAAUCCCCACCCCUUGGAAAACUCUCGGAGUCUGGAGCCUGACGUCUGCCUGUGAGCGGCUUUCAGGAAAGACCUCACAAGCGCCCACCCAAUCUGCCUUAGCAGCAAAUUGCCAAACCAAGCCCUCUUACUCAAAAGAUGGUAGAGGACUUAGCAGCCUCUUACAUUGCUCUGAAAUUAGAGAAUGAAAUUCUGCAGGCCCAAGUGCAGCGAUUGAUGGAAGAGAAUGCUGCCCUCCAGGCCCAGAUCCCAGAGAGCCAGAAGUCCCGAGCAGCCAAGGAGGAUGAACAACUCCCGAAGCCCUCACCGGCACAGGAGUCCCGAGAGCCCCCAGAGCCCUCGGACCCCUCAGCAGCCAGGGAGCCCCAGGAGCUCCCGGAGAUCCAGGAGCCCCCAGAGUUGCUGGCUCCCUCAGCAGCCAGGGAGCUCCCAAAGCCCUCAGAGAUUGAGGAGUCCUGGGAGCCCCCAGAGCCCUUGGGUGCCCCAGCAGCCUGGGAGCCCGAAGACUCCCCCGAGAACCAGGAGUCCCAGGAGCUCCCAGAGUUCCCAGAGCGCCCAGCAGCCUGGGAGCCCCCAGAGCCCCAGCAGCUCUCAGCUCGGGAGCCUGCAGCAGUCCAGGAGCUCCAUGAGUCCCAGAAGCUCCUGGAAUCUCCAGCAGUCCCAGAGUCUCUGGAGUCCGCAGCAACCUGGGACCUCCAGCAACCCCCAGCAGCCCGUGAGCUCGCAACAGCCUGUGAGAUCCAAGAGCCCAGAGCCACCCAGGAUACCUCAGCGGCCCAGGAGCCCCAGGAUCCAGAGUCCCAGGAUCCAGAGCCCCAGGAGCCCCCAGAUGCUGAGGAAUCCCAGGAGGCACCAGAAUGCCAGGAGACCUUGGCACAGCUGGAGUCUCCUGAACUUCCCUCUCCCCAGGAGAUUCUGGAACCCUGGGUGCCCCAAGAGCCCUUGGAUCCCACAGAAUUCCAGGAGUCCUUAGAGUUCUCUGCAUCUGCCCAGUCUCUGGAGGGCCUUAUAAGAAUGGAGACACCAGCUGCUUCGGGUUUCUCACAGGCCUCUACUGGGUUAGAGGUUGCAACUGUCCCUCUAGAGUACCCUUUAGCCUUCAGUGGGGAUGCCCAAAAGCUUCCAGAGUUUCUGAUUCAGCUGAGUGCUUACGUGAGAGUCAGAGGGCACCUGUAUCCCACUGAAGCAGCCCUCGUGAGCUUCGUGGGCAACUGCUUCUCAGGUGAUGCAGGAAGAUGGUUCCGGCCCUUCCUGGAUAUCCAAAGCCCUCUGCUGGAGCAAUUUGAAAGUUUCCUCCAAGUGCUGCAGGAUGCUUUUGACAACCCAGAAAACAUGGAAGACAUCAACCACUUCAUCCGACAGCUCUGCCAAGGGGAGGAUCCUGUGCACCGGGCCGCAACCCACUUCUGCGUCAUUUCCCGUGAGCUGAGCGGCGAUGAGAGCACUCUCAGCAUCCGUUUUCAAGAAAGUCUUCUCAGUUCUAUCCGAGACGAAGUGUCUCGCAGAAAUUCAGCCGCUGGCAUGUCUGAUCUGGUCAUCCGGUACAUCAGCACAGAAGAGAAGCUAAGCGGUAAGCCUGAUCUCAAUCCAUCAGGGCAAAGCUCCUCUGAUGAAGGAGAUAGGCCUGAGCUUCCACUACCUGCAAAUCAGGCUGGGCAAGCAGCAAGCAAUCGCCCACACCUCAGUGAAGCUGAACGGGCUCGACGCCGCGAAGGCCACUUGUGUCUCUACUGCGGUCAUCCUGGUCAUUUCGCCAGAGAUUGCCCUGUCAAGCCUCAUCGUGCCCAGCAGGCGGGAAACAUCGAGGCCCGGCGGUAAGGGGGAUCCCGGGC